UGUAUGGAGUUUUCCAAUUAAAUAUUGUAUUUCCUUAAGGCUCGAAAAACAAGCCUGGAAGUUAAGAAAACUAUAUAAUAAUUAUAAAUAUACAAAGAGUAUUAAAUAUGUACUAAGCGAUGUAUCAGCCACGGCGAACAUCAGAAUUUCAUGACGAUGCUCGGGAUGAUGGCGCCAUUUUAAACAAACGCCAAAGCAGGGCGCAGCGUAGCACGUCGGCAUCAGUAAACAAGCCUAGCCACAGCAACUGGCAGGCACAGUCACGGCUAACUCAGGAUCGCGAUCGUGGCACGCCCCUUCGCUCGGGUCCGCUGCCCACAACGAAGCGUAGUGUGGCCAAUGGCACGACGCCGCUGCGGCAUCGACAGGCAACCUCAGUGGAGCGGCCCGUGGCGCUGCACACGGACAAGAAGUGGGUGCAGGAGCAGUCGCAGCUGAUUGCCGAAUAUUUGGAUGAAAUGAAUCAUUUGGCUAUCCUACCAGGAUUUCCCAAUGAAUUCUUUAGCCGCGGCGGCACUGCACUACGCCAAAUGACGAUGAAACAGUUUGUGAGCAUUGUGAACUUCUUUUUUCAAUUUAUUUGGGGCAAUCGCACAAGUGUGGGCAACAAUCAUGUGGAUGAUAUUACGAGCGUCUUGCAUAAGAUCAACUAUCCGUAUCAGGUGAACAAGUCUUGGUUGAUGACGCCCACAACACAGCACUCGUUUGGUCAUGUAAUUGUCAUGCUCGACUUUCUGAAGGACUUUGCCCCUGUUUUGCCUCUCAAACAGCAGGAAGCUGGCGAAGAUGAGGAGUUCCCAUUUGUGGAAACCAGUGAACAACCGAGCUAUGUUCAAAAUACCCUUGAUUCCAUGGCUCUAUCCAAUACACAGAUCAGCAGCAUCAUGCUCAACGAGGAGACGGUUCAGUUGUUAUUUACCUCGACGAAAGACUGUUUUGCGAUGUGGGACAAAAAGAAGGGCGAUGAUUUUCCGGUGUUAGAGCGCGAAGUCAGAAAUCAAAUAAUUAAAAGCCUUUGUGACUUUCCUGAUAUUGAAUCUCUGGAUGAGGAUAUAAUUCGUCUGCAGAACGAGUUGCAGCAAUUGGAAGAGCAGCUGCAACUACCCAGCGAAAACAACAUGGAGCAGCUGGAGCAACUAAUUGCCCAGGAGCAGCAUCUAGAGAAGCAGCUGCUGAUUGCCCAAACCCGUGGAAAGGAAUAUUCUGAGAAGAUUGCACAGUUAUUUGAUCGCAACAAACAACAUGUAAAAGAGAUGAAAGUGCUGCACAGAGAGUGGAAACAACUGCAAUGCGAAGUGAGCGGACAAAAGUACACCGUGGAACAGUUUCAGCGCAUGAAACUGAUGCUCAGCGAUCUGGAGAACGAGGAGCAUUUCUAUAAGCGGCAAACGCUUGAGUUUACUGAACGCGGCUACGAUCAGCAGGUGCGAAUGGCUCGUGCCAAGAAGCAUCUGCUCGACCAAGUGGAGAAAUUCAACACGCAUGCGCAGAACAUAGUUUUCGAUUCGAACAUAUGCAGCGCUAGCGAGAAGGAUAAAUUGGAGCUGCUGUUGCCGUUGCCGCCGCUACAUUCUGAUAUUCAGGUACGCAGCCGGCGUCUCACCAAACUAGCCGCUCUGCUUGAGAAACGUGGCGCUCAGCACAGGGAGCGGCAUCGGCAGCUGGAGCAGCACAGAAACGAGCUGACCCUACAGAACCGGAAUCUCCAAACGGAACUCAAUAAUAUAAACAAACAAGUUCAGUCAUACGAGAAGAAAGUGUUGCAACUGCACCACGCAUAUAAAACCAAAAGAGCCAUGUGGGCGCAGCAUCAAGAGCAAUUGGAAGAACGCAGCUUGGAACUCAACGCGAAGUUCGAGCAACUAAAGCGGCAUCAGGAAGAGUUAACACUCGAUUUGGAAAACAAAAGACAGCAGAAUGAGGAUUACCUUAGCGCUGCCGAGCGGCGCCAGGAGGAGCGUUUGCGCGAAAGAUCCGAAUUCCUAGAGAAUUACCAGCAGAAGCUGGCAGUUGCCAAUGAGCAGCUCAAGCAGUUCGAAGCGAUAGUUACACAAAACAACGUCGAGUUAGCCAAUCUUGAACGGAAGCUGGAGAGCAUCAAGCUGUCCCCGUUCGAGAAUGAAUUGAAUGCGGCAUUUUUACGGCUUAAGGAAAGUAAAUAGUAUAUUUAUUUCAUGUAUAGUUGCAAAUAAAUUGAUACUGCUUUCAUGCAAAGAACAUUUUUGUUAUGGAUCUGGAAGGGACGGACAUCUUUUAACUCG